GAAAGCCACAACCGCUGCCGACCGAAACUUUGAAGUUGUAAUGGGAGUUGGAGCUGAAAGAUAAUGCAAACGAUGUUGGUUAAUAAUGAUACUGGCCAGCUAAACUAAAGAUUUAUUCAUGAGAAAUAUUAGCCAGAUUUUUCUAUAGCUAAUAAACAUGGGGUCUUGUUGUAGUAAAGAUAAGGCGGAAAGUACUGAGGCGAAAGGCAACAGCUUUCAGUUAACGACAACAACAGCCCCAGUGUCUCCUUUUAAUCAAACACAACCACAAAAUUUUAACACUUCCAUAAUCUCCUCUGGUCCAAGCCAGUUAAAUAGCUCGGUAGUAAAACCUAAUUCUCAGGGUGCAACUGUUUUUGUUGCUCUAUAUGAUUAUGAGGCUAGAAUUAGUGAAGACCUAAGCUUUAAAAAAUCAGAAAGGUUACAUAUCAUAGAUACUGCAGAUGGAGAUUGGUGGUAUGCGGAGUCUUUAAGCACUGGCCAAAGAGGAUACAUACCCAGCACAUAUGUAGCACCAGAGAAAAGUUAUGAAGCUGAAGAAUGGUAUUUUGGUGAUAUCAAACGAGCUGAGGCAGAAAAAAGAUUAAUGGUUAGAGGUAUUAACUCUGGCACAUUUUUGCUGAGAAAGGCAGAAUCAGCUCCUGGAAACUUUUCCCUUAGUGUCAGAGAUGGUGAUUCAGUAAAGCAUUACCGUAUUCGAAAAUUAGACACAGGAGGUUAUUUUAUAACUAGUAGAGCACCUUUUGCAAGCUUGCAUGAAUUGGUUCAUCAUUAUUCACGAGAUGCAGAUGGUUUAGUUUGUUCUUUAACAGUGCCUUGCCCAAGUGAUAAACCAAUAACAAAUGGUUUAGCCAAGGAUGCUUGGGAAAUUGAUCGAGAGUCUCUUCGUUUAACAAAAAAAUUAGGAGCAGGCCAAUUUGGAGAGGUCUGGGCUGGUGUUUGGAAUAAUACAACACAUGUUGCUGUAAAGACGCUAAAGAAUGGAACCAUGUCACCUCAAAGUUUCUUAGAGGAAGCAACAAUAAUGAAAAACUUGCGACAUAAACAUUUAGUACAGCUUUAUGCCAUUUGCUCUGAUCGUGAACCCAUUUACAUUGUUACGGAAUACAUGUCUGGUGGUUCUUUGUUGGAUUAUUUAACACGAGGUGAUGGUGGUAAUUUGUUGUUACCCACAUUGAUUGAUAUGUCUGCACAAGUGGCAGCAGGUAUGGCAUAUCUUGAAGAACAAGGAUAUAUUCACCGUGAUCUUGCUGCAAGAAAUAUCCUUGUGGGAGAAAACUACAUUUGCAAAGUUGCAGAUUUUGGAUUGGCACGUUUAAUUGAAGAUACUGAAUACACUGCUCAUGAGGGUGCUAAAUUUCCAAUCAAAUGGACAGCACCUGAAGCAGCACUAUAUAACAGAUUCACUAUCAAAUCUGAUGUUUGGUCAUUUGGUGUAUUGUUGACAGAGAUUGUGACCAAAGGAAGAAUUCCUUAUCCUGGAAUGACGAAUGCAGAGACAAUAGCUCAAGUAGAAAGAGGAUAUAGAAUGCCCAUUCCACCUGGUUGUCCUGAACCCUUGUACCAAAUUAUGCUACAAUGUUGGAAUAAGAACUCCGAAGCAAGACCCACAUUUGAUUACUUGCAGGCUACAUUAGAAGACUAUUUUGUUUCAACAGAACAUAGUUAUCAUGACUUUCCAAAAUAAAAUCACAUAAAACAUGAUAGAAAUAUAAUGUUGACAUUUUUGUUUCCUAAAAUAUAGUAAGCCUGUAAGGCUUUAGUAUUCUGUAUAAGCUAAUGCACAUAAUAAUUGCGAUAGAGGGCAGUACAAGCUAAGGGAGUCACUUCUACAACAUGAAGGAGGAGUCCCUUCCACACUGUAUUAUAAUGAACACAUUUAUUUAGAAUUAUUUUCUAACAUGAUUUUCUAUGUAUAUGUUUCAAUGAACUAGUUUUUUAUAUAAUAACUUUUAAGUUUCUGUAUAAUUAUGUACAUUUAACUUGAGCAUGCUAUGAUAUCAAACAUAUGUGCAUUCUUAACAAACCAUUUGGAGAAUUUUUCAAGGUUGUAUCUGUGAACAAACACCUAUCUUUCUUAACAGUGGUUGAAAAUUUUUCAUGCUGCUUGAUGUGUAAUAAAACCAGAUAUAAUUUUUCUCCAUAAUUAAUGAUAACAAUUCCAGCAUAAUUUAAAGAAAUUUGUUUUUAUUUUGUUGUAAAGUUGAUUAGUUUGGUACACCGUGGAUUAAUACUAAUUUUCGAUCAUGUUUUAAAAAUCUUUUAAAUUCUCGAAAUAUUUUUGAUUAUUUAUUUUUGUUGAAGAGCAUGUACUGUGUGAUUUUGAUUUUAUCCUCACCGUACCCUAAGAAGGGUUAGGGAAACUAGAUUUUACAGAUAGAUCCAUUAAAUCAAAUACAAUUAUUUUUAUAUGAUCACCUUAAUUGUUCUUGGUUAAAAUGAUAAUUUUAUAAGAAUUAGAGCUUAUUUUUUUUGGUCUGUAUAAAAGAAUUUUCUAAAACUUUCUACAGGACCCUUGCAUUUAAAGAUAUUUUUAAAGUGUGGAUUUUUUUAUUUUGAAGUGAAGUGUAUGCGUUUACUCUUUUCCUGAUUGGUCGAAUUUACUAUAAGUUGGCCCAAUCCUUUGUGCGUUUUAGUAAUGGUAGUUUUUAGUCUGCAAUAUAUAUAGUUCUAUAGAUAACUGGAAAGUAAAUUAUAGUUUUUUUCACUAUCAAACAUUUUUGUCUGUUCAUAAACAAUACAGUUACACAUAUGUUCAUGUAAUUACUUUGUUUCUGAGCAUUAAAAUAAAAUUUUAUGAAAUAUU